GGGUGUGAGGCGCGAGGGGGGAGGUGCCCUGAACGGGACGGCCCCCAGCCCUGGACGCAUGCGGUGCCCAGCUUGAUGCCGCCCUCCAGCUUCUCCGGACUGAAGAGAGGAUGGCUGCGGCCACGACUCCAAAGCAAGUCUGGCCCCCGUGGACCCCCCUCCUUUUCCUGCUCCUCCUGCCUGGACGGGGCAGUGGUGGAUGCCCUACUGUGUGCGACUGCACCUCCCAGCCCCGGGCAGUGCUCUGCGACCACCGGCGGCUGGAGGCUGUGCCUGGGGGGCUCCCGCUGGACACUGAGCUCCUGGACCUGAGCGGGAACCGCCUGUGGGGGCUGCAGCGGGGCAUGCUGUCCCGCCUGGGCCUGCUCCAGGAACUGGACCUCAGCUACAACCAGCUGUCCACCCUGGAACCGGGGGCCUUCCUCGGUCUGCAGAGCCUGCUCACGCUGAGGCUGCAGGGCAACCGGCUGCGGAUCCUGGGCCCGGGGGUCUUCUCGGGCCUACCUGCCCUCACCCUGCUGGACCUGCGUCUCAACCACAUCGUGCUCUUCCUCGACGGGGCUUUUGGGGAGCUGGGCAGCCUCCGGCAGCUGGAGGUGGGGGACAACCACCUGGUGUUUGUGGCUCCGGGGGCCUUCGCUGGGCUGGCCAAGCUGAGUGCGCUCACCUUGGAGCGCUGCAACCUCAGCACAGUGCCCGGCCUGGCCCUGGCCCGUCUGCCGGAACUGGGGGCCCUCAGGCUCCGAGAGCUGGACAUUGGGAGGCUGCCGACCGGGGCGCUCCAGGGCCUGGGGCGGCUCAGGGAGCUUGAGAUCCACCACUGGCCGGCUCUGGAAGCCCUGGAGCCGGGGAGCCUGGCUGGGCUCAACCUCAGCAGCCUGGCCAUCACCCGCUGCAACCUGAGCUCCGUGCCCUUCCAGGCGCUGCACCACCUGAGCUUCCUCCGGGUCCUGGACCUGUCCCAGAACCCCAUCUCAGCCAUCCCCGCACGCAGGCUCAGUCCCCUGGUGCGGCUCCAGGAGCUGCACCUGUCGGGGGCCUGCCUCACCUCCAUCGCUGCCCACGCUUUCCACGGCCUGGCCGCCUUCCACCUCCUGGACGUGGCAGACAACGCCCUUCAGACCCUGGAGGAAGCCGCCUUCCCCUCCCCAGACACACUGGUCACCCUGAGGCUGUCCGGCAACCCCCUGACCUGCGACUGCCGGCUCCUCUGGCUGCUGCGGCUGGGCCGCCGCCUGGACUUUGGCGCGUCACCCCCUGCCUGCGCCGGCCCCCAGCACGUCCAGGGGAAGAGCCUGAGGGAGUUCUCAGACAUCCUACCUCCAGGGCACUUCACCUGCCAACCAGCCCUGAUCCGAAGGUCGGGGCCACGAUGGGUCAUCGCAGAGGAGGGGGGUCGUGCUAUUUUCUCCUGCUCUGGGGAUGGAGACCCAGCCCCCACCGUCUCUUGGAUGAGGCCGCAGGGGCCUUGGCUGGGGAGGGCGGGGAGGGUGAGGGUCCUAGAGGACGGGACGCUGGAGAUCCGCUCGGUGCAGCUACGGGACAGGGGUGCCUAUGUCUGCGUGCUCAGCAACAUUGCCGGGAACGACUCCCUGAGGACCUGGCUGGAGGUGAUCCCCGCGGAGCACCCCAACGGCACUGACUUUGACCCCAACAUCACCAUGCCGGGGAUCCCGGGGCCUUUCCUCCUGGACAGCAGAGGCGUCGCCAUGGUGCUGGCGGUCGGCUUCCUGCCCUUCCUCACCUCCGUGACCCUCUGCUUUGGUCUCAUUGCCCUCUGGAGCAAGGGCAAAGGCCGGGUCAAGCAUCACGUGACCUUUGACUUCGUGGCCCCAAGGCCUUCUGGGGAUAAGAGCGCUGGGGGCAACCGCGUCACUGCCAAGCUCUUCUGACCUUUCCUUCCACAGCGGGGACCCAGCCACGCCAGCCAGAUACCAAAGGGGAAGGCACCGAAGGCUGCAUGGACCAGAGGCCGUCCCGAGCAGCACAGGUCUCCCACGCCUCCUGCCUGCGCCGUGCCCACAGUUCAUGAUGCCUCAUGCUUUUGCAGUGUGACGGUGGCACAGUCAUCUCUCCCCUGAGGGUCCCAGGGAGCUGGAGGUGUCGGCUGCAGCCAGCCCAGCCCUCCUCCCACCACACACAAAGCAGGAAACGUAACCAGGGCUCCAGUCUGCUAGUCUACCCACCAGGCUUCCUUUACACACCCCGAUACCCUCUAAUAACCAAUGCCAACUGCCAGGCACGGCUACGAGACUAUUUCAGACGGAAAGGCCACUCGCUUCUUAGAGACUCUGCUGCUCAACCAGGGGGUCUCCUUCUCUUUUCUGUGUCCCCUUCCCAGGCACAAGGACCACAGGCUAGGGAGAAGGGGGUGGGGGAGGACACCCCACACACUGGCACUGUGUCCCCAUAAGCCUCCCCACCCCCCGCCUGUGUGUGUCACACCAUUAAACCUGCCGCCCAAGGCCACGACGGCAGCAGCCCCAACUAAACAUGAUUCCUGGAGUUUUCUUUACUUCAGACUUUUUCCUCCCCCUCUUUCUGUCAACCCUUCCUGCCUGCCCCCUGAGCAUGUGUCCCAGUGGCCUCGCCUGAAUCUAACAGACAGGGGUUUAGGCCAAAGGCGAAGAGCCAGGCCUGGAGACAGCAGCAUUUCCAGCCCAUUUCAGUUGCACCCCUUUCUCCGUACGCUCCAUCUCUGGAGCUGGAGGAGCGAUCCCCCACCUUCUAAGGGGUCUCUCUGCAGAAAUUCCAACCCAGGACCCCAGUUCUCAUUCUUGAGGGACCUCCCUGUCAUUCCUGUGUCACAGAUCCCUACUGCCCUUGAGAGAAAGCACGAAGGGAGCUCCUAGUAAAACGACGGACAGAAGGAAGAACCUGCAGUUGUCAAAGGAGAGAGACCCAGAAGCAGCUGGACUCAGAGGCCCAGGGAGGAGGGGCGCUGGGAGCUGCUGUGGAAAGGGGGGGUGG